GUUUCUUCGCCAUGAGUGUCGGCUGCUAGACGUCUGUGUGAGACGCCUCCGCAAAAUUUUGGCUGCGUGUGUAUGUAUAUUUAAAUUAAUCAUUUGAAAUUAUAGCAGAAAUGAGUCCUUAUUUGUUAUAGUUUAGCUCAGUCAUGUCUAGCCUACUGCAUUUCCGGGAUAGAUCAUUAAAUCUUUGGCAAACAAUCAACCGUAAAAAAAGGAUUGAUCAAGGAGAACUCCUCGAAACGCCUUUAAAAAGAUGCCUAACAACGAUCGACCUAACCCUUCUAGGUAUUGGCCAUAUGAUUGGUGCUGGCAUUUUUGUUCUUACUGGUACUGUUGUCAAGGCUGAAGCUGGCCCUGCUACUAUUCUUUCCUAUAUAAUUGCUGGCAUAGCAGCUUUACUAUCAGCCUUAUGCUACGCAGAAUUUGGAGCAAGGGUGCCAAAAGCAGGAUCGGCUUACACGUACACGUACAUAAUUUUAGGCGAAUUUUGGGCCUUUCUGAUCGGAUGGAAUAUUAUUCUAGAACAUCUUCUUGGCGCUGCCAGUGUAGCCAGAAGUUGGAGUGCAAGUUUUGAUUCUUUAUUCAACAUGGCGAUUAGAAAUGCUACCUUAAACGGAUUAGGGGAAAUACAUGCAGCAGGAUUAAGUAAAUAUGCUGAUUUUAUAGCCCUUCUAGCUGUUAUCGUCGUAAUGGUAUGCGUUGCAACUGGAGCUAAAUUAUCCAUCACCGUCAAUUCCAUUUUUACUGUCAUCAAUCUAGUUGUGAUUCUUAUCAUAAUCUGCGCUGGCUUAUCCCUAGCUCAAUUAAGUAACUGGACUGAUAAAGGAUUCCUUCAGAAAGGGUGGCAUGGCGUUUUCGCAGGAGCUGCUACUUGCUUCUACGCUUAUAUUGGUUUUGAAGGAAUAGCUAUUGCUGGGGAAGAAGCUCAACAGCCAUCUAGGAGUUUACCGAUUGCAACUGGAAGUAGCAUGGCCAUUGUCACCUUACUUUAUGUAGGAUGUUCAGCAGCCUUAACGUUAAUGGUACCUUCAGAUACCGUCGACCUAGCUGCACCUUUUCCAGCAGCAUUCGCCUUUAGGGGAGUUAAUUGGGUGAAAUAUAUUGUUGCACUAGGCGCUUUAAGCUGUAUCAGUACAUCCAUGCUAGGAUCAAUGUUUUCCAUGCCAAGAGCUGUUUACUCAAUGGCUAGCGACGGUCUUUUGUUCAGCAUUUUUUCAAGGGUCAAUCAGAGGACACAGACGCCGAUUGUGGCUAUCGUCUGCUUUGGUUUGGCUUCAGGAUUUUGCGCCCUAUUAUUGGACAUCGAUACUCUAGUGGAAUUUCUUUCAAUUGGUACCCUUUUGAGCUUUACUAUCGUUGCGACCAGUAUUCUUAUUCUGCGAUAUCAGCCCGCGAGUUCUUGCCAAUUUGAACUAAAAUCUGAUCCUGAGGCAACAAGGGAAGAUGACGAUGAUGAUGAUACCUCUGAAACCAAGAAGAUAAUUGAAGCAAGCCAAGCGCAUGAAAAUAUUGGAAAACUUAAGACGAGAUUCAGAAAUGAUCCCUAUCUGUCUAAAUUGUCUCAUCAGCACACUACUUCUAUAACUAUCUUCAGUAUGAUAACCUUUAUAGUUAUAUUUGCUAUCCUAAUAGUUUUUCCAUCUGACAACGAAUUCACUUGGUGGAGAAUCAUGCUAUUGAUAAUUUUUGCUUCGGCCAUUACUAUUUGUCUCUUAAUUCUUAUGCUUCACGAAAAAAACGUCAGCUUUAAAACCUUCCAAGUACCCUUUGUUCCGUUCUUACCUACUUUGUCAGUCUUUAUCAAUGUUACAAUGAUGUUAAAAUUGGGCUUUGUCACGUGGAUGAGGCUGCUGAUUUGGCUAGCUAUUGGUUUAUUAAUAUAUUUUGUCUAUGGUAUGAGAAAUAGCCAUGAAAAUAAAGGCUUGGCUAAUUAUGCUGAUUUAACAUCUUAUGGGGGAACUGAUAAUCAAGAAGCAAAUCUACCAAAAUUACAAGAAACAAUCCAAAAACCUCAACCCCAAUCUGCCGAAUAGGCCUUUUGUCUUCAAUUUCUCCAUGUUUACAAUAUCGUGAGUAAAUAUAACCCGAAUACGAACUCUCUUUGUUGUGACGCUUGGGCAAUUAAAGCUUUGAAAAUUUGAAUUUGAAUGUUAUUUAGUUCUUAUUUAAAUAUCAUUUACAUUGAAAAGGAUUUACAAAUAUGUUGACUAGGCACGAAAAUAUUGUACCCAUAGCAAAACAAAGAUCUAACAAAGAGCUAUUUAUAGGCUUAUAGAUAAACAGGCGGCAAGUUUCUGCCAAACUUUUGUUAUUUAAACGCGGCGAGUUGAAAGAGUAUUACUUCAUCUACUUCAAAAGGAAAGUAAAAAUUCAAAAGACCACACUUUGUGUCUUAUCACGAGGGUAUCGUUUGGAACAAUUAUGACAAAAAUGUUUUUUUUUCUAAGAGCCAUCAAAACCUUUGAGUCUUUCUCAAACCUUUCAUUAGCGUUUAAUACACGACAUAUGGUGCUAGUUUAUCGAAUUAUUAAGGGAAAUUGAGUGAACGAAUAAGGAGGAAGUAGUGUAAUACUAAUAUUUUCCAAUUAAUUCGAAUGGGUCGUGUUCUCUUAAGCAUAUCUCUAAUAGCAGAGAUUAAGUACACACACGCCUAAAAUACUAUGCAUGAAUAAAAUUUGAGCCAAGGCCUAAAGGUAAAAUGCUGAUACAAGUUAAAAAGUAUAAAAGGUAAAAGAGGUAGGUGGAGGGAAAAUGUUUACGUAUGUACUAUACAAACAUAUUAAAGUUUCGCGUCUAAUACACGAAGUCAUAUAUUUUCAAUGCGUUCUGUGAGUUUUUUUUAUUGA